AUGCGUAGUGUAUCUUUCAGUUGCCUAGUCAUUGUCUUGAUGACUCAGCCAAUGCUGCGAACUACACGUUCGCAAAGUUCUUGGAUGGGGAGAAGACAUAAAACAAGAAUAUAUACCUCACUUUCGUACCUUUCGCUUUGCAUUGAACUAACCUUACGUAUAUGUAAAUUAAGGCCAAUCGACAACAGUUAUUAUUAA